CUUCGAAGAAAGAGAAGAAUUAUUACACAAAAUUGAAUUAGAGAAUAUCAAAUUUAAAAGAUACGAGCGUGGAGAAUUGGAUGCACGUAUAGAACAUGCGAAAAAAGAGGUGGCCAAAAGGAGAAAGGAACGUGCAGAGAAAAAGAAAAAUGCUGAAGCUUAG